AGACUAUGCUCAAGUGAAGCUUGCAUAGCCCCAUGAUGCUUGUCUUGUUUUGGUCCUUGCUCUGGGCCGGUGCGCCCUUUGCAAGAGCGGCCUGCUUGUCCUCCUUUGUGCCGGAAGCAGAUCGCAAGAACAUUGUGUACAACGGCGGGACGGUGCCGGUGGGCUUCGGCAGCGCCAACUGGGAGUCCGCUCAACUCUUCACGCAGAUCUUGGGGAUUUUGACCUCCGAGCGGGUGGGCUACAAUGUAACCCUGGACUCCUCAGCUGGCGGCUCUUUGGAGACCUACAGCUCCGCCGCGACCCGUGCGGACCUGCAUUUCGUGAACGAGAUUUGGUCCAACUUGGACCCACAGAUCCAGGCGUGGCAGGCCGCGAAUCCCAACGCACCGCUGAUGCCUCUGAGAGACCUGGACUACGUGGGCCGCGAAGGCAUGCACAUCUUCCCCAAGUCCUUCCAAGUCUUCUACGAGGCGACGGGCGUCUCGCUGCAGUUCUACAAGUACUUCAAUGCGAGCACCUGGACUCCGAGCUCGGAGUUCGACAGGAUCGGCGCCUUCGAUCUGACGAAGCUGUCGAAUUGCAACGACCCCGCCGCCGGUGACGCCGUGGAGCAGGACUAUUACCUGCAAGCCACUGGAGACACCGGGGCCUUCGAGACGGUGGGCGGGGUCCGGGACUGGAUUUGCCACCAGCAGAAGUGGUGGCUGUCCCCUGCCUGCCGGGCCGCGCCGGGGAAUUGCGUGCCCCUCCUGACCCACAAGUUCUGGGAUUGGAACGCGAUGCGCCAGAAGGCCGCCUUCUACAACAUGCCCAUAGCCAUGGCCAGCGUCAUCGACAAUGCCCAGUACAGGCAGUGGCCGAACGACCACAAGGUCUUGGUGUAUUCGUGGACCCCGGACCUCAGCUUCCUGCCCCAGGGCGUCAUCGCCGAAGUCUUCCCGGAGCACCAGCCCGUGGAGUGGGGCACCGGCCGCAAGGUCACGGAGGGCGGAACCACUCCGCUGAGGUCCUACAUGAAGCCGGGGAUGGACACCCUGGCGGCCAACGUGGUGCUGCUGCUGCAGAAUGUGAGGCUAUCAGAUGCGGAUAUCAUGGAGCUACUCAAGGACGUUAUCCAAGAACGACAAUCAGGCACGCCCGAGAGUGACGUCAUCUACAAGGUGUCCUGCGCCUGGGCAGUGGCCAACGAAGCCCGCUGGACCGAGUGGAUCCCCAAGUCCACGGCCUGCAACCGCGCUCUGGGCUUCGGAAUGGUCACGGAGGAGGGCGUUUUCGUGGAGGACCGCAGCGGGGCAGACACCUGCGCUCUAUGCCCUCCUGGAAAAUUCGCCCAAGAGCUCGAGGACAAUCAGGGGAAAACGUCGAUCUGCGUGACCUGCGCCAACGGCACCGCGCAAGACCAGGGCGGCCAGACAUCUUGCUUCCGCUGCGAUCCCGGCACCUUCAGAGUGCCAUCAGGCGUCCGCUGCGGGCAGUGCCCCAAGGGCCAGUACCAGCCUGAAGCAGCCGAAGAUGGAUGCUUGACUUGCACCAGCCCACUGACCACUGCCACUGUGGGCGCCGUCUCGCAGGACCUCUGCAUCUGCCCGGUGGACACGUAUCGCCCCUGCUGGGACGUGGACGCUGAGAAUGGCACAACAUUGAGGUCUCAAUGCACAUGCCCCACAUCCUUCUACUUGCCAGCCUCGCAGGCGAGCAGGUGCGUUGCCUGCGCGAACGCCAUGUAUUGCUCGGAGGGCUCCGACGAGAAGUUCUUGCCGUGCAACGACGCCGAGGUUUCGAACUCCACGAUGAACCCCUACCCCAAGCCCAACGAAGGGUACAUGGUGAUCUUGGAGGAGCCUUUGAGCGUGUACAAGUGCAUGAACAACGCCUCUUGCCCAGGCGGGUUUGCGGAGAACUGCGGGAGCGGGCUGAAAGGGGUGGCCUGCGGCGCCUGCGAAGCGGGAUUCUACAAGGCGUCAGGGCAGUGCGAGCCGUGUGGGGAGAUGGAGAAGCACCCACUCUUCCUGAUCCUGCCGAUGCUCUUUUCCCCCAUCCCGGUCUUCAUCCUCUACAAGGUCUCCCAGUCCGAUGUCCAGGUCUGGGGCCGAACACAACAAGGCUUUGGUGGCGUCGGCUAUUUGCUUCUGGUGUAUGCGCAAACCAUCUCUGUCAUCCUCGCUGUCUUCCCGUCAGUGCCUGUGGACAUUGCCAAUGGUAUGGGUUGGACCGCAAGCUCGGCGGAGAUCACUUCGCUCUUCCGCCUCGAGUGCGCAGGCCCCUCGGACUUUGUGGGCAGCUUCAUCCUGAACCUGGUGCUGCCGCAGAUCGCCGGGGCGGCCUUCUUCGCCACCUGGCUCCUGGCGAGGAUCUCGCGGAUUCCGAAGCUCCGCAUGGACGGCGACGUGGUUUUGGGCACCUACGGCGGUAUCCUCAAGACCUUCUUCGUGACGGUGGCCUCUAAGUGCUUCUCGCUCUUCACCUGCUACGUGCACCCCAACGGCAUGCAGUCCAUGCGCUCGAGCCCUGAAGUCCUGCAGGGCUCCGAUAUCUGGUCCAGCAUGGUGGUCUUCGCGGUCUUCGCCAUCCUCGUGAACUGCGUGGGCCUGCUCGCCUUGCUGAGCUGGGCCAUGUGGGUCGCGCCCAGGAAAUUUCACCUCCAGAGCUUCCGCAUGCGCUGGAAGUUCAUGUUCAUGAAAAUGCGGCCCUCGGUGCACUGGUGGAUGUUGGUGAUUCUCUUCAAGGGUCUCUGGAUCGCUCUGACCUCGGUGCUCUUCGUCACCACCAUGCUGCAAUCCCUCUGGGUAUGCUUCGGGCUGCUGUUCUACACAACCUUUAGCUACAUUUAUUUGCCCUGGCGUUCCGUUUUCGUGGCGAUGCUGGACAUCGCGACCCACAUCUCCACUUUGCUGCUGUGCCUGCUGCUGCCCUUCCUGGUGGACUUCGCCCCUGAGGAGCAGGACACGGCUGUGAUGAUCUUCGUGGGAUUGGCUGCCGCGGGCUUUCUCAGUAUCGUUGUGACAGUGACGUGGACGCUGGCGAACGGCUUAUCUCCCUGCUGCAAAGCACGCAGGGAACGCAAGAUCGCGCACUACGCGGAGCGGAUGUCCAAGAUCUACAGCAAGGCGACGGAGCCCCGCAUCCUGUCGCACAUGAUGACGGAGAUCCCAGCGCUGGAUAUCCUGGAGUUACAGUAUGUGGCGGACAUGAUGUCAGCGGAGAUCUUGGGCACCCAAAUCCCCGGACGCCUGAACUGGGGGGAGGAGCCCCCGGCGCAACCCGUGGCCGAUAGUUUCACCCACGCAAGCUCCCGGUCGCAGGUAGUUUGGACCUAAGCUCCGUGUGGAGCAGGCGCUCACUUUCCGAAAUUUCCCGCGUGUCGGAUUGUCGGACCU